UAUACAGUGUAUUGUAUACAAAAAUUCUUUGCAGUAGAGUACAUUAGAAGAUUUAUAGAGUCACAGAAGAUCAGAUCAGUUCAGUUGUUGAUCCCCAAAAUACAGACGAGUCAUCUAGUUUCUCCCAGAAACAGCAGCUGAUAAUGGAUAAAAUUCAAACCUGCGAACAAGGAACUCUUCAACUCUGCAACAAAUGUCAAGAAUUCUAUGGAAGCCAACGAAAUCAUGGUCUCUGUUCGAAGUGCUACGAAGAUCUCCUCAAAGAAAAGAUAGCUAAAUCUGCAGCAACAAUGUUCUUCAAGAAAACAACCGACUCUCCCUCCAGUCCUUCAGUUUCCACAAAUCUUUCAAUCGAUCUUCUGGUUAAUACCAUGAAUUCUCUUACAGUUAAUGCGGAAACUAAUCCUCCAGUUGUGAAGAAAAGAUGUGAAUCUUGUAACAAGAGGGUUGGAUUGAUAGGAUUUGGAUGUAAAUGUGGGGGCAGUUUUUGUGGGAUGCAUAGAUAUCCUGAGGCGCAUGCAUGCAAACUUGAUUACAAGACUGCGGCUAGGCUUGUUUUGACGAAGGAAAAUCCUGUCUGUAAAGGAGAUAAACUCAUGGAUAGGACUUGAUGUCAAGAAGGUUUAAUGUAGACAUUCUUUUUAAA